AUGUCGAUCCUUGUUAAUGGAAGCCCGACUAAGGAUUUCGUUGUGACUAGAGGCCUUCGACAAGGGGAUCCUCUUUCCCCUUUUCUUUUCCUCUUAGUGGCGGAAGGUUUGGCGGCGUUAAUGAAGAGUGCUUCGACUUUGGGAGAGUAUGUGGGUUUUAAGGUUAACGAGGAAGUUCACUUUGAAAUGUUGCAAUUUGCGGAUGACACUUUUUUAAUUGGUGAUGGUUCUUGGAAUAAUUUAUGGUGUAUUAAAGCGAUUCUGAGGGGGUUUGAGCUUGUCUCCGGUCUUCGGGUUAACCUUUCUAAGAGUCGGUUUUUGGGUGUCAACUUGGAGUCUGAUUUUGUGCAAGCGGCAUCUUCUUUUCUUAAUUGUAUAGUGGGUUCCUCUUCUUUCACUUUUUUGGGAAUUCCGGUGGGAGUCAAUCCUAGAAGGAGGGAGGUGUGGAGGCCGAUUGUGUCGAGGAUGACAAAACAAACAUCUUUCUAUUGGGGGGAGGGUAAUGGAGAUGGCAUCGAUUUUUGGCUUGAUAGGUGGAAGGGUCCCUCUCCUCUUGCUGAGCGUUUUCCCUCUCUUUUUCGGUUUGCUGAGCCUUCUGGUGCUUUGAUUAGUGACAAUGGUUUUCGGAUAGUGGGAUCGUGGGAGUGGCGAAUUAAUUUUUGUGAAGGUUUUAAUGAUAGUGUGGAUGGUGAGCGGGUUCGUGAUUUGGUUUCUUUCCUAGGUGACGCUACUCCAACGGUGGGUGUGAUGGAUUCAUAUGUUUGGUGGAAGAACUCUUUGGGUUUUUCCGUUAAAGCGGCGUAUGACAUGAUUUUGGAGGGGAGUUAUCGGGGUCAUCGUUUAGAGGUUGACAUCAUUAGGGCCUUAAACCGGAUGUGGAAGACUAAGUUACCAAGCAAGAUCUUGAUUUUCGGGUGGAGACUUAUUUUGAAUAAGAUUCCAACCAAGGCGGCUUUGGCGAGACGCCAUAUUUUGACGAAUUCUAAUAUUUUGGUUUGCUCUUUUUGUGGGGUGGAGGAGGAAGACACGAAUCAUCUUUUUGGUACUUGCCCCGUUACUUUGGAUUGGUGGAGUAAGUUUUGUAAUUGGCUUCGGCUCGAUUCAUCUUCUUUUCCGGGUAAUUUUUUUCUUCGUUUUCUAGCCUUGGAUUUAGCUUGUAAGUCUAGAUUUGUGGUAGAUACUAGUUGGCUAUUUGGGUUGGCUUUUUGUUGGGGUAUUUGGUGUUGUAGGAAUGAAGUUCUUUUUAAUGGGGGUAAUAUUCUUAAUUUUGAUACUAUUGGGAUGAUUAAAUAUGUUGCUUGGGAAUGGCUUCUUUCUUGCUAUAAUGUAGGGGAUACUAUGGUUUGGUCGGAUUGGUGUGUGAAUCCGGCUACGUGUAUCGGUCUUCCGUAG